AUGCUGAAACUAAAUGCGGAAUUCAAUGGGGCAGUGAAGUAUGGCACCUGUGAAAUUUCCUCCAAUUUAGUUGACGAAUGGACUAGUCUCAAGGUUCCGAGGUACGCCCAGGUAAAAUUGCCAUCUUACGAUCGCUUCAAUUUGGAUGCUAGGGUAUUCAAUUGUGUGGUUAAUGAAAGUUUACCUAUCGAUACCUUAAGACUGUCCUCGAGGGUGUUCAGUGUUGAUGCAUUAGAAUUGGCGGUCAACUGCUGUUAUUUUAAGCCUUUAAAAGGAAAACCUCCUAUUCUAGACGGUAUAGCCUUACUACUGGAUAGUGAGCUUUAUGAUUCUUUGCAAAAACUACCUGACUUGAGUCAAAGACUGGAAUUCUUACAGACGAAAUACGGUAUCGAACAUAACGCUACUGUACUACAAAGUGGAGACACAGUAGCACCUUCUUGGUGUUCUGUAGCCUACUGUUCACCUCCGGGAAAAGGCAUUGUGGAUUUUACAAGGACUCAAAUAGUACUCGUCAAGGAUACCAACGGUACUUUGAAACGUGAAGAAAAUAAUGUUGUCAAUACAAAUACAGUAAGUUUACGUGAAGCCAAAGAGAUCACAGUAAAACUGAGAAGCUUAAAAUUCCCAGUAUCUUCCGAUCUAAUUAGCCCCACACCUUUACCCUCUGAUGACGAUUCUCUCUUUGCUUUUGCAGAUAUUCAAACUUUACUCACUUUGGGGGCUACAAGUGGGAAUUUUAUAAAGAUCUCAGAUGGAUAUAAUUCAAGAGCUGUCAAGUUAUUCGUAUUGGCUAGUCCAAACGAUUUUGAUAGUAUGACAUUAUAUGCGCAACCUAGGGUUAUGGCAAAUUUCCCCAACUGCAACGAAAUAACGAUUUCCAAAUAUGCAUUAAACCAAUCAAAUAUAGCAUUGGCGUCAUCUGUCUCUAUCGCAAGGGUGGGUAGCUGGCAUCAAUCUCAGAAAAUUUUCCAAAACAUCAUCUUAAAGAAUCUCAGAGACUUUUUCACUUCUAGAAAUCGGAUUCUCCAUGGUGGCGACAUGAUUCCAGUAUCCUUUGAUUCAAACCUAGCUCCGCUUUUCUCAGAAAGUAUGGAUGAUAUAACAUUAGAGACCAAAGACGAUACUUUAGUUUGGUUUCGUGUAGAAAAUGUCGAGUUUAAGGAAAAUGAAGAGAAUCCCAAUAAGGAGGAAUUUGUCAUUGAUCCAUCAAAGACAAAAUUAACUACAGCAAAUAUCAUUUUACACCCACCUUUGAAGCUUGGUCACUGUGACUAUAUAUCAUAUUACAAUCUAGAACCCGUCUUCCAAUACGACUUGACUAAAUUCCCUUACGCGAAAAGGUUUCUCGAUAUUCUUCAUGCAUCUUUGAUUUCCUCAGAGGCUAAUGCUCCCAUUAGUACUUCCAUAUUACUUCAUUCCAGUGCGCCUAAUGUGGGAAAAUCCACUCUCGUCAAACAUGCCGCCCAGCAGCUAGGAUUCCACCUACUAGAGAUCGACUGCAUGUCUUUGACUACUCAGUUAGGCUCAUUGGACUCAAUCCCAAAGACGAUAGGUUACUUGAGAGGUAAAUUCGAAAGUAUCUUACCAAAUGCGAGUCCAGCCGUUGUUUAUCUUUCCCAUCUUAACGUCAUAUUGACCAAAGGUGAACAGACUCAAGACGGCGAAGCUUCUAAACUAGCCAAAUUGAUGGAUGUUGAGAUGGCUAAAUUGAUCAAAGAGCUAACUAGCAAUUAUGGUCCAGCAGUGUUUGUUGGAUCCGUUUACGAUGUAGAUAGUAUUUCACAAAUCAUAAGAACUCAGAUGAAAUUUGAAAUACAAGUGCCUGUUCCUACCGAACCCCAAAGGCAAUCUAUAUUCGAAUGGUACCUAUCUCCUUACCAGCUACAUUUUGAUGUGGAUAACCAUUCAAGACCCUUGACGUUAGCAAAUAAUGUUUCUCAUCCAAAGCUUGCUCAACAGUCAGCCGGUUUGACCCCACUGGAUCUCAAAUCUAUAGUACAAACAGCCAAAUGGAAUUGUAUCAAGGAUGUCCCCGUCAGUGAUAGUGAAAAGGCUUAUGAUGACGAUUGGAGCGAUGAUCCCAUCGCAAUCACGAUGAGAGAUCUGAGUUUCGCAAUUAGUAAGGCGAGAGACGAAUUUUCAGUGUCCAUUGGUGCACCGAAAAUCCCUAAUGUAACCUGGAAAGAUAUCGGUGGUGUGGAUACAGUUAAAGGUGAAAUUUUAGAUACAAUUGAUAUGCCCUUGAAGCAUCCACAGCUAUUUGCCUCCGGUAUGAAGAAAAGAAGUGGUGUUUUAUUCUAUGGUCCACCAGGUACUGGUAAAACUCUAAUGGCGAAGGCAAUUGCUACUAAUUUCUCGUUGAAUUUCUUUAGUGUGAAGGGACCAGAACUAUUAAACAUGUAUAUCGGUGAGUCUGAAGCGAAUGUACGUCGUGUCUUCCAAAGGGCAAGAGAUGCCAAACCUUGUGCAAUUUUUUUCGACGAAUUGGAUUCCAUUGCCCCUAAGAGAGGCAAUCAAGGUGAUUCAGGAGGUGUAAUGGAUCGUAUCGUUUCUCAGUUGUUAGCAGAAUUGGAUGGUAUGGGAACCGGUGGUGAAGGUGUUUUUGUCAUCGGUGCUACUAACAGACCAGACUUGCUUGAUGAGGCACUCUUAAGACCAGGUAGAUUCGAUAAGUUACUAUACUUGGGGAUAUCAGACACCAAUGAAAAGCAGCUUAACAUCUUAACCGCGCUGACUAGAAAAUUCACACUCGCUCCUGACGUGGACUUGGCUCACUUAGCAGAGAAAUGUCCCUUCAAUUAUACAGGUGCUGAUUUCUAUGCUCUGUGCUCAGACGCUAUGCUGAAUGCUAUGACAAGAAUCGCCAGUGAAGUAGACGAAAAAGUAAGGAUUUACAACAAGACUCAUAACGAGGAAGUAUCAGUACGCUACUGGUUUGAUAGGAUUGCCAAACCUGAAGAUACUAGCGUUACCGUAAGAAUGACAGAUUUUUUGAAAGCUCAAAAGGAUCUCAUGCCCAGUGUUUCUGAAGACGAACUACGCCAUUAUCUGCAAGUAAAAGAAAACUUCGAGAAUGGUGGCUGA